UCGUCGUCGACUCCUGUCCUCCGUCGACUCCUGUCCUCCGCCGGCUUCCUCCACCUCGUCGCCGAGUGGAUAUGAAGACGCAAACUUUAAUUGAGGUUCAGUCCAGUCUCGACUCCGCUCGCGACGUGGGAUGCUUGGCCAAAAAAAGAUGUUUGCCGGUUGCUUGCCAGCCUCACCGCCCCUUGAUUUUCGAUCGAUGCUCUCGUCUCUUCGAUGCGACACAGAGCUGACUCAAGAGGCUGAGGAAGCCCCCGAUGAUGGCUUCGGCUGGGCGCCUCUCUCAAG